GACAGAUAUUGUUUGGAUUUGGGAAUGUGUGAGUGAGUAAUCAAGUUUCGUGAAUUUAUUUGCGAAUCUUAUUGAUUUUUCUUAUUUUCUCUUGAAAUCGCAAGUGUUGUAAAGAUUCAGUCAGUGUACAAUUAGUCGUGGUCAACGAUGGGUGCAGCAUUGGGUCUUUGUUCAGCAGCUCAGCUGGCAUGCUGCUGCGGGAGCACAGCUUGCUCGCUGUGCUGUGCAGCGUGCCCUUCGUGCACCAACUCCACGUCUUCAAGGUUGAUGUACACGCUCAUGCUACUGGUAGUGAUGGUAGCGGCCUGUGUCACGCUCGCGCCGGGAUUGCAGAACGAGCUACGGAAAGUACCAUUUUGUGCUAAUUCAUCGACGGCGUCUAACUACGUAGUACCUGGAAGCUUAAAGGUGGAUUGUGAUCAAGCUGUUGGAUAUUUGGCUGUAUACAGAAUCUGUUUCGCAACAUGUCUCUUCUUCGUUCUCAUGGCGCUCAUAAUGAUUGGUGUGAGAUCAUCCAAAGAUCCUCGAGCUGGAAUACAGAAUGGGUUCUGGGGUAUCAAGUACCUUGUGGUGAUUGGCGGGAUAAUAGGAGCAUUUUUCAUACCGGAGGGUCAAUUCGCUUCCACGUGGAUGGUUUUCGGCAUGAUCGGUGGCUUCUGUUACAUAAUCAUCCAGCUCAUUCUGAUCGUUGACUUCGCUCACACCUGGGCUGAGAAGUGGGUUUCCAACUAUGAAGAGUCGCAGUCGCGCGGCUGGUACGCGGCGCUGCUGCUGGCCAUGCUCACGUGCUUCGCGCUCGCGCUCACCGGCAUCGUGCUGCUCUACGUCUUCUACACUAAGUCGGACGGCUGCGGCCUGUCCAAGUUCUUCAUCUCCAUCAACCUGCUACUGGUGGUGGGCGCGAGCGCCGUGUCCAUCCUGCCGGCCGUGCAGGAGCAGCAGCCGCGCUCGGGGCUGCUGCAGUCGGCCGUGGUGGCGCUGUACGUGGUCUACCUCACCUGGUCUGCGCUCGCGAACGCGCCGGCUGAGUGCAACGGUGUCAAUAGCGGCAAAGAUCAGUCGUCUUUCGACAAGCAGCAAAUGAUCGGCCUGGCCAUCUGGGUGUGCAGUAUGCUGUACUCCAGUAUGCGCACCGCCUCAUCGUCCUCCAAGAUCACAAUGUCCGACCAUAUUCUCGCUAAGGAAGGAAAUGGAGAGGGCGCUGACGGCGGCGAGGCGGGCCGCGAGGAGGCCAAGGUGGUGGACAACGAGGGCGACGGCGUGGCCUACUCCUGGACAUUCUUCCACGUCGUGUUCGCGCUCGCCACCUUGUAUAUUAUGAUGACGCUGACUAACUGGUUCAACCCAAGCUCAGAGCUGUCCAAGGAGAACGUCGCUUCCAUGUGGGUCAAGAUAACUUCCUCGUGGCUCUGCAUCGGGCUUUACGUGUGGACCCUCGUGGCGCCCGCCGUUUUCCCCCACCGCGACUUCAGCUAAGCGGUUAGCUCCUCCCAAGUUACACGUCACAAUAACUCAAUAUAAUCAGUAAUCGGAUAGCCGUGACGUAUAUUUUAGUAUUCUUAGUACAUCAUACUUAUACUUCACUAGCAGGGCACGUCGAUCAAUUGCCUAUGAUAGGUAUCAGCUCAAGCUGCAUCUUACGUAAUCAUAAGUACAUAAUUUUUAAUGUUUCUUUUUAUAUUAAAUGGAAAAUUAAGAAAAAUGCGUGAUUUGACACGAGAAAAAAAAUUAUUCCCUCGCACUGUUUGUGCAUUUUAUGGAUUAUUCUAUUUUAUGCAUGGGAUCAAGAAUAUAAUGUGGUUGAAACAAAGAUCUCAAAUUUCGUUUUAUUAGUCAUAAUUAAUCCGUGUACAUUUCUAUCGCAUUUGGGUAUCUUAAAUUAUAUUACAAUUGUUUAUCAAUAUUUCUUUAAAUUGUUUGACUUGUCAUUAGUUUUACUAUAAAUGGUAGAAAUAGAUUUCAUCAGCUUUACUGUAGACAUUAAAUUUAAUAUACUACCUACUCCCAACAA